AAGGAAGUGACCGAGUAGCCAUCAGACUGCUGUCAAGAUGGCACCGAGUGGGCUGAAAGCGGUAGUUGGAGAAAAAAUCCUAAAUGGGGUCAUCAAGAGUGUGAAGAAGGAUGGAGAAUGGAAGGUUCUUAUUGUGGAUCACAUGAGCAUGCGGAUUCUGUCCUCUUGCUGCAAGAUGUCUGACAUUUUGGCAGAGGGGGUCACCAUUGUGGAGGACAUCAACAAACGCAGGGAGCCCAUCUCCAGUUUGGAGGCCAUUUAUUUGAUUUCACCUGUGGAGAAGUCGGUCCGUGCCCUCAUUAACGACUUCAAAGACUCGACCUUCACUUACAAAGCGGCACACAUCUUCUUCACUGAUACUUGUCCAGAUGGUCUCUUUGCUGAAAUUGGGAGAUCCAGAAUUGCCAAGGUCAUCAAGACUUUAAAAGAGAUCAAUGUCGCUUUCCUGCCAUAUGAGUCUCAGGUGUUCUCCCUGGAUGAUGCAACCUCCUUGUACUCCUUCUACAGCUCUAAGCCAAAUGAAAAUAAAGACAAAAUGAUGGAAAAUCUGGCAGAGCAGAUCGCGACCCUGUGUGAUACUCUCAAGGAGUACCCUGCAAUUCGUUACCGCAAGGGACCAGAGGAGAAUGCUAGGCUGGCUGAAGAAGUCUACCAGCGCCUCACUGCUCACAAAGCUGACAACCCAAGCAUGGGAGAGGGUGCAGACAAGGCGAGAUCCCAGCUACUGAUUGUCGAUCGUGGCUUUGACCCCAUCUCGCCUAUUCUACAUGAGCUGACCUUCCAGGCAAUGGCCUACGACUUGCUAGAUAUCAAACAGGAUAUCUAUUCUUACCAGACAACUGGCAUCGGGAAUUCAAAUGACAGAGAAGUGUUAUUGGACGAAGAUGACGAGCUUUGGGUUCAGCUCAGACACAUGCACAUUGCUGAUGUCACUAAGAAAGUGACGGAGCUUCUUCGCACCUUUUGUGAAAGCAAGAGAAUGUGCACUGACAACGCCAACAUAAAAGAUCUCUCUCAGAUGUUAAAAAAGAUGCCACAGUACCAGAAGGAGCUGAGCAUGUACUCUACUCACUUGCACCUAGCCGAAGCUUGUAUGAAGAAAUUCAAGGCCUCUCUUGAUAAGCUUUGUGAAGUGGAACAGGACCUGGCAAUGGGAUCAACUGCAGAAGGGGAACAGCUAAAGGACGCCAUGAAGAGCAUUGUCCCUGUUCUCCUGAACAAUGAGAUUGAGGCCUAUGACAAAAUCCGCAUCAUACUGCUGUACAUAUUCCACAAGAAAAAAGGCAUCGGGGAGGAGAACCUUGCCAAGCUCAUCCAGCACGCAAACAUACAGGCCGACAGCAACAUCAUCACCAACCUGCAGAAUCUGGGCUGUAACAUCAUAGCUGGGGGCCGCAAUGCUGGGAAAACACUGUCAGACAGGAAGGAGCGCACAGAGAGCACAUACCAGCUCUCCAGAUGGACGCCCAUCAUCAAGGACAUCAUGGAGAAUGCCAUAGAUGACAAACUGGACAGAAAGCAGUGGCCAUUCAUCUCUGAUCCUGCUCCCAUCAACACAACUCAGACUGCAGUCAGCAGCGCACGUUUUGGACACUGGCACAAAAAUAAAUCUCCAACAGAAUACCGCACUGGCCCUCGGCUUAUUAUAUUUGUGAUUGGUGGGGUGUCACAUUCAGAGAUGCGCUCUGCAUAUGAAGUCACUCGAGCCACCGAUGGGAAAUGGGAAGUGCUGAUUGGGUCCUCUCACGUCAUGACUCCAACCAGCUUCCUGAAUGACCUGAAGAGUCUCGACCAGGUUCCUAAUCCUGAUUGUUAGGUGGUUUUCUGUCACAGCAUCCCUGACGUCUGAAGUGAAAUCUUAGAUGUAGCCAUGGAAGGAAACAUUUGUGAUUCUUGAUUUUGUUUUAGUACGGUCCUUUUUAUUGUGUGUUGUGAAUUGGGUUCUGUAUACUGCUGUGAUUGAAAAAAUGUAUGAAAAUAUUUAAUUAAACAUUAAUAUUUAGAUUAUUUUACUAUUCUAUUUUGUUACUACAAUAUACACGUGUGUGUGAUUGUCCCUAAUUUUGUUAUUAAAAAAUGCAUUAUUCCCACAAAACUGGAUCAUCUCACGCCAAAAAUCAAGUCUAAUGUAGAUGUAUAUAAGUCAGUAGAAGUUGUAUCAUAUAUCCAGUGAUAUGAAGUGUGGAAUACCUUUUUUCUCCAGGUACCUUUUUCUUUAAUGUCUGGGAAAUUUUACCUUAGACAAAAUGUCUCAACUGCUGUCUUACGAAAUCUUGCACAUUUACCAAAUACGUUAAUAUAUUGCUGGGAGAAAGUGUGGUGGGUGUUUGUUUCUUUGCUGUUUUAAAUGAGAAAUAAAAGAAACAUGAUAUUCACUUUAAA